AUGGCCUCUCCGGCGCUUCGCACACGAGCAUUGCACCUCCGCCUCCGCAACUUGCAACCCGCCCGACUAAGCUCGAGCUUCACACAAGCUCGCCCUCUACACAAAGUCAUCUCCAGCAGCACCGUUUCUAAGAAAACUUCUCUUACCACACCACUUUCGACGGGCCCUAUUACAAACCUCCACCAUCAAACUAGACCCUACGCCGCCAACAGUGUCACCGGCAGACCACCAGCGGACCUCUUAGUUGAAGAACUGCAAGAUCUCUACGAAAUCGCUACCGACGAAUUCGAAAUCGCCACCGACAGUACUGACAGCGCAACCAUCUACGCCGCCUCGGACCGGGAAUCCGCGCGCGACGCUCUGAACCAGUUCAUCGCUGUUUACCACCUGUACAGCGGGAAGCCCGGGGAGCAGAUGGAGGGUGUUGGGGUCGGAGGAUCAACCACGGAGGGGAGUCCGAUCGUUGAGACGAAAUACAAUCCCAAGGGAGUGUCGGAUGAGGUUCGGGAUGAGGUUAAGAGGAGGGUCGGGCAGCGGGUUCGAGAGUUGAGGAGUGCGGUUGUUGUUUUGGAGGAGAGGGCUAGGGCUGAGUAG